AAUGAAUUAUUGGUUAUAUUGAAUAUACUUAAAUUUUAGAUAAUUUCAUUGUUUACACUUGUAUUUAUUAUUUUUAUAAAAUGGCAUAUUGUCAAAGUUAUACACCGGAUUAUUUUGCAUUAAAUGAUAUUUUAUCUACCGAAGAACGGGUGUCUUGUAAAAUUGAAAUAGAAUUGCUUGGUUUAGGUUUUUUGGAUUCUUCAUCUACAUCUAGAGAUUUAAAGGUAGGAUCAAAAGUAGAAUUUCCAUUAUGGUUAGCAGAAUCAUUAAAGAAUCUGAAAGAUUCAAUAGUUAGUAUUGAUAUACCAAAUAUAUAUAAAGAAGGAUACAGGGAAAUUUUAGAAGCAGAUGCUGAUGCUAUUGUCUUAAGUAAAUGGAAUCCAUUUUAUUAUGAAAUAGGAAUGCAUGUAAGAAAAUUUAAUGAUAGAGAUUCUGAACAAAUCACUGAAAGUUUAUUACAGACAUUUAAAUCUCGUUUUCGAUUAGUUAUGGACUGGGCUCAAAAUCCAAUAUCUGAUCCUACAUUAGUAAAUCAACUUCCUCGUCUCGAAAGAGAUCUUUUUCUUAUCGGUCGAAAAGCUAAAGUUCGGCUUUUAGAAUGGUUAAAAGGAGAUACAAAUAACAUUAUUUCUUCUGAAAUUACAACAAACUUGAAAAAACGUAAACGUGCACAAUUUGAGCUUAAUUAGUAAUUAUUUUAUAAAAAA